AUGGAGAAGUACCGAAAGCUGGGAGAACCGGUCUACGUCGCCUUCGUACACAUCAGCAACGCUUUCCCUACAACCAACCGCGACAUCCUCUGGAUCGAGCUACACAAGCGCGGCGGCUCUGCCCUCAUCUGUGACUGGUUGCGAUUGCUUUACACCAACACGCGCUGCAUUGUGCGCGAGGUAACCUACGUCGAGGUUUCCUCUGCGAGCGCCAAGGCGAGCAUCUGCGUCCCGCUGUACAAGGUCACCAGAAACAAAGCGAGCUGGAUGGCAUGGGCUAUUAUGGGUGUCAACUCAGUCCUGAAAGAUAUGCCUCCUGCGGGCGCUCGCCUCCUCUACACGGCGCAGGUCGACGCGCUACUCUCCGCAGCAGCCGACGUAGUGCCCGACAUGGACUGUAACAUCGCGAUGCUUGAGAAGGUUUAG